AGGAGAGAGAGAAAGUUCGGAGAAAGGGAAAUCGGCGGGCAGAUAGUAGCAGAUUGCCAGCGAGAGUGGAGAAUUUAUUCGGCUAGCGGUGUUUUAAACGGUCUACUUGCUUUUCUGGCUCUGCGCUUUAAACGUCACGCAAUGGCAUCCCUCGUCGGAAAGUGGAAGCUUCACGAAAGCGAAAACUUCGAUGAAUUUCUCAAGGCACUCGGUGUUGGUAUGACCUGGAGAAAGCUGGCGUCGACGUCGAAGCCAGUGGUGGAAAUCAAGAACGAGGGCGACCAGUGGUCCUUGAAGACGUCGACGUUCCUCAAAACCUCGGAGAUAAAGUUCAAGCUCGGCGAAGAAUUCGAGGAGAACCGUAUCGACGGUGUCACAGUCAAGACCGUUAUCAACCUCGACGGGGACAAGUUGGUCCAGAAGCAGUUUGGAGACAAGGAAGUCAGCAUUGUCCGUGAAGUGGACAACGGAGAGCUCAAAGUGACGUGCACUCUAGAUAACAUUGUCUCCACCCGCAAGUAUGUGAAAGAAUAAGAAUCUGCUGUCGAGUGAGUCCGAGGUGAACUCUCAGCGACCGACUGCCACAAGAGUCCUUCUGCCGAGUGGCCACACGAGAUUUAUUUGUUCCAGCUUGUGUUUGUUUGUUCUCGUCGCCAACUGUGACGCUCAGUUACAAAAAAAAGGGGGGGGAGGGGGCAGCUGUGGCACGCACUUGUGUAAUCGUUACGAGAUUUUGAUUGGUUCCAAUAAGUGUUCGAAUAACCAAGUACUUCCAUUUAAGAGUCUUCGAGAAAUAACCGUUUUUGAUGUGUAUUUUCUAUGAAAAGAGCCUAUUUGAAUAAAACACUUUAUACUUCCUUUUCUAGGAUGA